UCAGUGUUGUCAGGCAAAAUAUAAGGGAGCCAGCAGUAAAAGCCGAGAUCUGCAAUAGAUAAACACACAGACUCGCACACACACACCGGCUGACGCGCGCAUGCACCCACGCACACACUCACCGCAAGCAUCAAUAGGAAGACGCUCCAGAACUGUGACGACUGUGCUCGGAUUUCUUUCUUUAGGUUUUGUGUUUCAAUACGUUUUUUUUUUCAUCUAUUUUUUUUUCCAGUGGGGGGAGAAAGAAAGAGAGAGAGAGGGAGAGAGGGAGAGAGAGAAGUACGUCCUUUAAGAGGGGGGAGCAGCAUUUGAGGCAAGGACAGCAUCCCAUUCUCCAUCCUCUCUGGAGGCCGUGUAACUCCGAGGAGUGAAAGAAAAACAGGUGGUCAGACAAAGCACUGCGGUUGUCUGUUCUCGUUCUUUUCACCUGGAGAUAGGCUGCGAUGGUUGGCAGUAAUCAAAGGCCCACACCUGUCUGACAGAGCCCUAUGAACAGCAGAUCCAAUGGACAUCAAAGGACAGUGUUGGACAGACGAGGAGUCAGAUGGAGAGAAUGAACCUGAACAGUUUCUUUAUGGAAUUCAGUGCUGCUUGUUGCAGGGGAGUUGUGCCGCUGACCUGUACCGCCACCCUCAGCUAGAUGCAGACAUAGAGGCUGUGAAAGACAUCUACACUGACAGUGCUAUCUCUGUCAGGGAGUACGGAACCAUCGAUGAUGUGGACAUCGAUCUUCAUAUUAACAUCGGCUUCUUAGACGAGGAGGUUGCAACAGCAUGGAAAGUUAUCCGAACGGAGCCCAUUAUCCUGCGAUUGCGCUUUUCCCUUUCUCAGUACCUCGACGGACCUGAGCCAUCAGUAGAAGUUUUCCAGCCUUCAAGUAAAGAGGGAUUUAGUCUAGGCCUGCAACUAAAAAAGAUCCUGAGCACAUUCACCUCCCAGCAGUGGAAACACCUCAGCAAUGAGUUCCUCAAGGCCCAGCAGGAAAAAAGGCAUAGCUGGUUCAAAGCUGGAGGAACCAUUAAGAAGUUCCGCGCUGGGCUCAGCAUCUUUUCCCCCAUUCCCAAGUCUCCAAGUUUUCCUCUUAUCCAAGACACAGCUUUAAAGGGGAAACUUGGUGUUCCUGAGCUGAGAGUGACCCGCCUGAUGAACCGCUCCAUCUCAUGUACAAUGAAGAACCCUAAAGGAGAGCUCUUCAGCUAUCCACCAAACAGCCAGACUGUGGCUGUCCCGGCGGCCAGGGCCCCAGCGCAGAUUACCACGAGGCAGCUGAUUGAAUUGUUUUUCUCAUCCCAGGCGGGCGGCCACUGCAAGAACAUCCCCACACUGGAGUAUGGCUUCUUAGUGCAGAUAAUGAAGUACUCAGAGCAGAGGAUCCCCACGCUUAAUGAGUACUGUGUGGUCUGUGACGAACAGCACGUCUUUCAGAAUGGAUCCAUGCUGAAGCCUGCUGUGUGCACCAGGGAGCUGUGUGUGUUCUCCUUCUACACUCUGGGUGUGAUGUCCGGAGCUGCUGAGGAGGUGGCCACAGGAGCAGAGGUGGUGGAUCUACUUGUGGCCAUGUGUCGAGCUGCACUCGAGUCUCCCAGAAAGAGCAUCAUCUUUGAGCCCUACCCAUCAGUCGUUGAUCCAAAUGAUCCCAAGACUCUUGCAUUUAACCCAAAGAAGAAGAAUUAUGAAAGACUGCAGAAAGCGCUGGAUAGCGUCAUGUCCAUCCGUGAAAUGACACAGGGUUCAUAUCUUGAGAUCAAGAAACAGAUGGACAAACUGGACCCUUUGGCCCAUCCCCUGCUACAAUGGAUAAUUUCCAGUAACAGAUCUCAUAUUGUGAAGCUGCCCCUCAGCAGGCAACUGAAGUUUAUGCACACGUCCCACCAGUUCCUGUUGCUCAGCAGCCCCCCAGCCAAGGAAGCUCGCUUUCGCACUGCCAAGAAGCUCUACGGCAGCACUUUUGCCUUCCAUGGUUCCCAUAUAGAGAAUUGGCACUCUGUUCUGAGGAAUGGACUGGUUAAUGCCUCCUACACCAAACUACAGCUGCACGGGGCAGCGUAUGGAAAGGGCAUCUAUCUGAGCCCCAUCUCCAGCAUAUCUUUUGGAUACUCAGGAAUGGGGAAAGGACAGCACCGCAUGCCCACCAAAGAUGAGCUAGUGCAGCGUUACAACCGCAUGAACACCAUACCACAGAGUCGUCCAAUACAAUCAAGGUUUCUUCAAAGUCGAAACUUGAACUGCAUCGCCCUUUGUGAAGUUAUUACGUCUAAAGAUCUGCAGAAACAUGGUAACAUCUGGGUGUGUCCGGUGUCCGAUCAUGUUUGCACUCGCUUCUUUUUUGUGUAUGAGGAUGGCCAAGUAGGAGAUGCCAACAUCAACACCCAGGAGCCUAAGGUGCAGAAGGAGAUAAUGCGAGUGAUUGGAACGCAAAUCUACUCGAGCUAAUGGAGGUUUACCAGCAGAUGCUGGAGGCUCACAGGCAGGCAGAGAGUGGAAGCAAAUGUUUGGGUGAGCUGUCCUCAUGCCGGACACUGAAGGAUAAGGGAGGGAGCGUCAGAGCACAUCGCUACCAAAAUGGUUUUUAAUCUGGUCUUCUUGUUUUUCCUCCUCUAUCUCCUGCAUUUCUUUCCACCUAACAGUUACAUUUUAAAUGUCGAUUUGACCCUCAGUUAAUUUAUGAUUUAAAUGUGCUUUUCUCAUUUUGUGGCUGUUUCAGCCGUUAGGUGAGUCACCAGAGCUGCUAUCCACUCUCAUGCACACAAUCUUCUGGGUUGCCUUGACAUUUUUGCUAUUUUUUCCAUUUUUAUUUUAUUUUAUUUGAUUACUGUUACUGCUUCUGUGGGAUAAAUUAUCUUUAUUUUUCUUCUUGUUUGUGAAUAUGUAAUCAAACAAAUAUUCAUCUAAUCAACAUUGGUAUUAGAUAACAUGAACUUUAGUUAGUUUGUUGUAUUUGAAACAUUAUCAUCUUGCAUCUGUUUAUUUUCAUGAUAUGAAUUAAGGUCUGUAACAUGUACAAGCAUAUAUGAUUUUGAUCUUGUACACUGAUUCAGACUAGAAAGGCGUAGCUGGAACUCCAUUUAUUCACGAUAUGUGAACUUCCUUCUUGAUAACAUUCAUAAAAUAUACCUUCUAUUUUUUAUAAUAAAAAGCAAACAAACUUGUCAUUAAGGAAUCAGAACAAUUUAAAAGUCUGAUUGAUGGUGUAAUAUCAACCCCCCAAAAUGAUCAAUCUAUUCUGUAAUUGAAGAUGUUUUACUUCCCAUCCCGGGAACUUUUCUUAAUUCAAAGCAUUUGGAGUUAUGGGAUGUUAAACGGCAGGAAAAGCUCCAGAAUGUAACUAGAUUCUUGCAGAUUCAACUCAUGCCCCUCACAAUGGAGGGCUGUUAUUUCCUAGUGAGAGAAGAGACGAAAGAUGCUGUGUUCAAAGCCUUUGCAAAUUUUUGCUCAUUUUUUUUAACAAUCUAAUUUAAUAUCAAAGGUUGGUGCUACAACCAGAUCCUGCUGAGAUCUACUGAGAGUGAGUCUUUGCAUAGUAAAAAAAGAUGUUUUUAUUAGAUCAGGCUCUUCUAAUAUUUUUAUUUAUUUAUUUAUUUAUUUUGCACAAGCGCUUUGU